AUGGUUGGGCUCUACAUGUUCCUCCUGGGGCUGGUGCUGCCCCAGUUUCUCAUGGCUUUUGCUUGGAGGAGCAGUGUGUCGAUCCGGGGGAUCCUGCUGCCCAUGCGGAGGAUGAGAGCGCUCAUAGCUCUCUGCCCAUGCGUGCGUUCCCAGUCCAGACCUGCGCGUUCUGAGGACGGAGGCAGGGUGACGGGGACUGUCCCUGCGGCCGUCACGACCCUUGUGGCCGUCGGGACUUCUCUGCUAAAGCGACUGCAAGACCAUGAGGGUGACCGAGUGGAGACGUACCGGGAGCUGGAGAGCGUCUUGUGGGGAGACGACGGCUGUUUGACGAGUGGCGUUGUGAACCGCCUGAUAGCAGAGGCAUUGAGUGACAUGCGAGCAGCCCAGGGUGUGACAGGCGACGUGAAGAUGGCCGCUAGCGACGUCCUGGUAGCUCUGGCCCGCUCCCACUUCCACUUUGUCAUGUCCGAGCUCCAGAGCCAGCUGAAGGCCAUGAGGAAGGUCCCUGAUGAGAUUGUGCUCCUCACCUUGGGCAAAAUGGCCCGCAGAUAUGCCCUGCGGUGCAUCCCCUUUGCGGGAAUGACGCUGCUCGCCCCUGCGCGCCGUGCUGACCCAGGAGGACUGGAGAUGCUAGUCAGCCAGCACCAGCAGAACAGUGAGGGGUUCUCCAUCACGGUCGCAAACCAGACCAAGAAGAAAACCACUAAGAUGGGAAUCUCCAUUUCUGGGAGGUUCCAAAAGCUAGAAGGGAAAGGAGGAGAAGAGGAGGAAGAGGAGGAGUAG